GGAGGAGCCACUGGCUGCUUCUCCUCUGACAAGGCAGCCAGCGAGGGAAGGCAAAAAGGUCGGAAGGACCGCACGGAGAAUCGUUUUGCAUGGGCGCGAAGGAUGGCGGGACGGUACCGGGGAAGAUGGGCUCCCAGGACGUGCUCAGGGAUACUGCCAAGCUGGCUUCCUCCAACGCCCUCUUGCAGGUGCUAUUCCGGCUAAUUACGUUUGGCUUAAAUGCUUUUACUUUACGUUAUGUAUCAAAAGAAAUAAUUGGUCUUGUGAAUGUAAGACUGACGCUACUUUAUUCAACAAUAGUUUUCUUAGCCAGAGAAGCAUUCCGUAAAGCUUGUUUGAGUGGGAGCUCAAGGAGAAACUGGACACAAACAUUUAAUCUAUUAUGGCUAACAGUUCCUUUGGGCAUAUGUUGGUGUGUGUUCCUGGGCUGGAUCUGGCUAGAUAUACUUGAAGUUCCUAAUGAAAAUGCAGUUCCUUACUAUAAUUUUGGAGUACUUGCUUUUUGUCUUUCCGCUGUGAUUGAACUCCUGGGUGAACCUUUUUGGAUUUUAGCUCAAAUACAUUUACUUGUACGGCUAAAGGUGAUUGCUGAGAGUUUGUCAAUCAUUUGCAAAUGCUUUUUGACAGUUCUUCUAGUAGUUUUAUAUCCACACUGGGGACUCUAUAUCUUUUCUUUGGCUCAGCUUUUAUACACUACCAUUCUAGUAUCGUGUUAUAUAAUAUAUUUCACGAAAUUUUUGGGUUCUCCUGAAGCAACCAAAAAAUCCUUUCCUAUUACUAGAAUGGUAUCUUUUUUACCUGCUUUGGGACAAAAUGAGGAUAUUGUUAACUGGAAGGAAGCAAGGUUGACUUGGAGUUUCUUCAAGCAAUCAUUCCUAAAACAGGUUUUAACAGAGGGUGAAAGAUAUGUGAUGACUUUCCUGAAUGUAUUAAAUUUUGGAGACCAAGGUGUUUAUGAUAUUAUAAACAACCUUGGUUCUUUGACAGCUAGAUUUAUAUUUUUACCAAUAGAAGAGAGUUUUUAUGUAUACUUUGCUAAAGUUCUAGAACGUGGGAAAGAUACUAAGUUGCAAAAGCAGGAUGAAAUUUCUAUGGCAGCUACUGUAUUAGAAUCACUGUUGAAACUGGUGCUUCUGAUCGGCUUAACUAUUACAGUAUUUGGUUUUGCCUAUUCACAUUUGGCACUGGAUCUUUAUGGAGGAUCAAUGCUUAGUUCAGGAUCAGGUCCAACUCUCCUGCGUUGGUAUAGUUUGUAUGUCCUGCUGCUUGCUGUUAAUGGGAUAACAGAGUGUUUUACAUUUGCUUCAAUGUCUAAAGAAGAAGUGGACAGGUAUAACUUUGUCAUGCUGGGUUUGUCCUUUGCAUUUCUGUGCCUGUCCUAUUUCUUGACCUCUUGGCUAGGGAGCAUAGGAUUUGUCCUUGCCAACUGCUUCAAUAUGGGGAUCCGAAUUUUACACAGCCUCCACUACAUCUAUAGAUACUUCGAAUGCAGCCCUUACAGACCUUUGAAGGGCCUUCUUAUUUCACGAUUCCUGGUUGUUGUUUAUAUCAUCAGUGGGAUGAGCACUAAGGUUUCAGAGGUGUUUCUGUGCUGUGAUAAAGGGUGGAUGGCCAGAUUAAUUCACGUCACAGUUGGAGCACUUUGCCUUAUGGCAACUCUCACGACAAUAUUUUUUACAGAGACAAACCUAAUACAUUUUGUUAGAAUGCAUAUUUUAUCAAGAUAUUCCAAAGAACAAUUAAAAUAAUGCUAAGUUAUAAUAAUAAUUAUAUAUAAUUAAUAAUGUUAAUUUGAUAAAGAGAUUUGUAUUUAAAUGGAUAAUUAUUAUACAAAGAUGUAUAAAGAUGUAAUGUUUCUAAUGAUUAUCUGAUUGACAUUUUGAAACAGCCAUGCAGGGAAUCCUCACUUAAUGACUAGUCAUUAAAUGAGGAUUCCCUGUAUGUCUGUUUCAAUAUUAUCAUUUAGCUACCAUUCAAAGUUACAAUGGACCUCCUCAGAACUACGUACAACCUGAUUUUGAAUGACUGUACUCUCCUCUGGGUUCAUGGGAUUGCAUUCUGGAAGCUUGGCAACCAACUCACAAUUAUGGCUGUUUACUGCAGUCAUAUGGCAUUUUUAUUCCUGGUUUCCAACAACAACAACAACAAAAAAGCCCAUUGGGUAAAACAGGUUUUAUUUUAUGACCAUGGCACUAACUUAAUGAAUAUGGUAUUUGCUUACAACCGCAAACAGGUUGCUAAAAUCAAUCAUGGUCACAAGGUGAUCCUCUAAACAACUACCACCAUGACUUAACCACCAUAAUUCCAGGCUUAAUUAUAUUAGUAAAUUGAGGACUACAUGUAGUUGAUGACAAAAUUAGAUUUUGAGCCUGAAACAUUUUAAAUUGACAACUUUGCCAGGUGCCAGCUAUUUGUGAAUGGAGUUAUUUUCUAAAUAUAUUUUAUCCUGAAGGUUACCGCUUCAGAGGGUUCUGGUUGUUUGGGAUGACUUUUAAUGAUAAACAUGGAGGAAUUUAAAUGUGAACCAGUGUGGUGGACUAGGAAUGAAUAAAGUCAAGUCCUGCUCCUCAAUUAGGCAUGGAAGCCAGCUGGGUGACUUUGAGCCAGCCAUUUUCUCUCUUUGUUUAGACUAUGAAAUUCAAAAAAAUCUACUCAGACCAGUGUAGUAAAAUAUGGUCCAUAACCUUCAAUGAAGAGGAUUUCAUUGAAGAUUCUGUGAGGACUGAUGAAAUGAUUUGAGCUGAUUAUAAAAACAUGGUGGAGAUAUACUUUUUAUCUGUCAGGUGAAAACUGUUUUGUUAAUGGGAAGGGAUGAUCAGAUAUUAUUCAUGAGUUAAAAUAGUAAUUUAACUGUACUGCUAAAGUAAGCAUAAAGUAAGCAUAUGGGAAUUUUUUUUUGUUAAAAAAACAUAAUUGUCUGUCAGGGAUUUUACUUCAUUUUUAUACAAUACUUAAAUAUUGUAAAUGCAAAUAUUAAUAUACUGUAUUUUAUAAAUAUUUGAAAUGUCACAUCAAGUGUUAUUUGCUUAUAGCAAUUCUAUUUUUUAAAAAACAAUCCACAUGAAACCAUGUUAAAUGUAAUAUUUAAUAAGGACAUUAUUUGGAAAAUUAGAACAAAAGCCAAAUUAAAGUGUUAAAAAAUAAAAUAUGGGAAAACUGAUAUACUGAUAUCUAUAACUGUAGCGUGGAAAUCAUUAGUAACAACAUUUAAAGAUACUGAUUAUCUUACAUCAGUAAAUAAAGCACAAAUUUAAGUGUUUCUUUAAAACAUGCAGCUAAUAUGUUUCCUUCGAUUUCAGAUACUACAUUUCAGUAGCAAUGCCCAGGUAUUUGUUAAAGUCAUGGGCAAUUAUGUAUCAUUAAAUCACUUGGUAUAAAUAUCGUUAAUCUUUAUCAUGUUCAAGCUCCAAGAAACCUUGGAAGACACAUUCGAUUUGUUUUCUUGAGUAACAAGUGAGUGUUAUUUUCAGAAGCAAUAGGAAUAGCUGAUCUUUCCAUGCCAUAUUCCUGCUCAGAGCCAUAAAUGCUCUACAAUAGGGGUGUCAAACUCAAGGCCCGUGGGCCAGAUCCGGCCCACAGAGUACUUAGAUCUGGCCCAUGGGGCUGCCCUGGAAACAGCGAAGGACUGGCCCGUGAUGCUUCUGCUAGCGAAAACGAAGCUCAGGUGGGCUACACAUGGCCCUCCUGAGCUCCGUUUUUGCUUGCAGAGCACUUGAGCCACCAUAGAUGCCCCCAACAUGAGGGACAUCUAGCUGGCCACGCCCACCCAGCUUCCUGAGGUCAAACACAACCCUGAUGCGUCCCUCAAUGAAAUGGAGUUUGACACCCCUAAUCUACAAUCUCUCACACAAGCUACUCUGCCAUUCCACAGCAUUCUUAGUUCAUAGUUGUAACUUUAAGGGUGUGAGGACUUCUAGGCUCAGAAGGACCUAAUAAACCUAGUUUCCUCUCUGCCUCUUUUUGCUAAUAAUACAGGAGUACUGGAUUGUAGCAGCCACGUUUUAUAUUUUUUAUUUAUGAAUUUAAUUCUAGUGUUCUGAGUUCAUAACGGUUACAUUAAACAAUGUGUUUUUGAUGAA